GUCUCCCGGCCGGGGCCAUGUUCCGCACGGCCGUGAUGAUGGCCGCCAGCCUGGCGCUGACCGGGGCCGUGGUGGCCCACGCCUACUACCUCAAGCACCAGUUCUACCCCACCGUGGUCUACCUGACCAAGUCCAGCCCCAGCAUGGCCGUCCUGUACAUCCAGGCCUUCGUGCUCGUCUUCCUGCUGGGCAAGGUGAUGGGCAAGGUGUUCUUUGGCCAGCUGAGAGCUGCCGAGAUGGAGCACCUCCUGGAGCGCUCCUGGUAUGCAGUGACUGAGACCUGCCUGGCCUUCACGGUCUUUCGGGAUGACUUCAGCCCCCGGUUUGUGGCACUCUUCACCCUCCUCCUCUUCCUCAAGUGUUUCCACUGGCUGGCUGAGGACCGCGUUGACUUUAUGGAACGGAGCCCCAACAUCUCCUGGCUCUUUCACUGCCGAAUUGUCUCCCUCAUGCUCCUCCUGGGUGCCCUGGACUUCCUCUUUGUCAAUCAUGCCUAUCACAGCAUCCUGACCCGGGGGGCCUCUGUGCAGCUGGUCUUUGGCUUUGAGUACGCCAUCCUGAUGACCAUGGUCCUCACCAUCUUCAUCAAAUACGUUCUGCACUCAAUCGAUCUGCAGAAUGAGAACCCCUGGGACAACAAAGCCGUCUACAUGCUUUACACGGAGUUGUUCACAGGCUUCAUCAAAGUUCUGCUUUACAUGGCCUUCAUGACGAUCAUGAUCAAGGUGCACACGUUCCCGCUCUUUGCCAUCCGGCCCAUGUACCUGGCUAUGAGGCAGUUUAAGAAGGCAGUGACCGACGCCAUCAUGUCUCGCCGAGCCAUCCGCAACAUGAACACACUGUACCCGGACGCCACGGCUGAGGAGCUGCAGGCCAUGGACAACGUCUGCAUCAUCUGCAGGGAGGAGAUGGUGACCGGUGCCAAGCGGCUUCCCUGCAACCAUAUCUUCCACACCAGCUGCCUGCGCUCCUGGUUCCAGCGACAGCAGACCUGCCCCACCUGCCGAAUGGACGUCCUGCGGGCCUCGCUUCCUGUCCAGUCCCCAGCCGCCCCGGAGCCUCCUGAGCAGGGCCCCCCACCUGCCCCCCACCAGCCCCCCAUCCUUCCCCAGCCCCCCAACUUUCCCCAAGGCCUCCUGCCUCCAUUUCCUCCAGGGAUGUUCCCCCUGUGGCCUCCCAUGGGCCCCUUUCCCCCCAUGCCACCCCCCAGCAAUGCAGACGUCCCGCCUGCCUCACCUUCCACCUCGGCCAGCGCCUCUCGGCCCUCCCCGGCUCCUGGCUUUCCCUUCCCUCCUCCCUGGAUGGGCAUGCCCCUGCCUCCGCCGUUUGGAUUCCCCCCCAUGCCAGUGCCCCCAGCAGGCUUUGCAGGCCUGACCACUGAGGAGCUGCAGGCCCUGGAGGGUCACGAGCGGCAGCAUCUGGAAGCUCGGCUCCAGAGCCUUCGGAACAUCCACACCCUACUGGAUGCUGCCAUGUUGCAGAUCAACCAGUAUCUCACUGUGCUGGCCUCCCUGGGCCCUCCCAGACCUCCUGCCCCUGCCAGUCCCCCUGCGCCAUCUACGCCUGCUGCUGCGGCCUCCUCUUCCAGCAGCAUCCCCAGUUCUGAGGCGACCCCUCCCUCGCCAGGGGCCUCCCCGCUUCCCCCUGAGCCAGUGCAGCAGCCGCCAGGUCCGUCUGCUGAGUCUGCUGGGGUCGAGGACCUGUCAGAAGACGCGGAGCCUGACGCGGUGGAGCUCCGCCGCCGCCGCCUGCAGAAGCUGGGGUCCCCCGCUUGUCAUUGACACUGCCCAACCUCAUCCCGCUCCCCAGUCUUGUGUUUUGACUGUGGUGCCCUUGUGCGUGGGUGAGAAGUGGAUCCCACCGCCAAGUGCCAUCUCCCCUGUCACCAGGCUUUGGAAAAGAACGUGAGAUUCUGACCCCCACUGAGGCCACUUGGGAGCUCCUGAAUCCAAGUCACGUGGCUUGGGCUGUUUCCUUGCCCACUGGAGUGGGCUGGAGGCCUGGUGGGUCAGUCUCCUUCCUGACCCUUCACUCACCCCCCGCAGCCUCCCUUAACUCCAGACAGAGUUGGGGCUGUCGAGGUCUUUGAGAACCCAGCUUCCUGCCCCAUUUACUGCUCCUCCAUUUGGGGGGCCCGAGAGAAGGGUGGACACUCUGAAGACAUACUCCCUCAGGGGCUGGAAAGGCCAGCUUAAGAGAGAGGGAGUCUCCCCUGUUCCCAGCAGUAUUAGCUCAAGGCAAGCCGGUCUUCAACGGCCCCCACCUCCAGCAGCCCCUUUGUAGUAAGUAGCAGUAGUGCCCUAUGUCCUGUCGGACUCCCGUCCAUGUCUUACAGAUGACCGUGUCUCAGGAAAGUGAGUGCCGGGGGUAGGCGGGGGUAGCCCACUGUGGCUGGCGGGCAGCUCCUUGGGACUUCUCCCCUCCCGUCUAGUGACUUGACGGGAUGUUGGAAGCACCGGCUUCUCCAGUGUAAAGAAGCUCGUUUUUCUUCUCCCCAGGCUGGGACAGAACGAGGCCAGCCUCUACAGUCCCACACAGGGACGCCUUCUCAGCUUUCUGAGACUUCUUGAUUUGGGGGGGAAUUUCUUGUUGCUGUCUUUUGGUUAAAACCCAACCUUGAAGCUUAUUUCCAGUGUAAAAAACAGCACCUAGCCCAGCAGGGAGGGAGAGGGAAAAUUGCUCAUGGUUUCUCCAGAUUAGACAUGGUUCUGCAGUGGGGCGGCUGGGGAAAUAAAGCCAGGGCUAGGCCUAGACUCACCCAUACUCCCCUCUUUCCUUUGUUCCCCUUUGUUUUGUGUGUUAACAAAAGUUGCUGGAGACAGUUUCAGAUUAUUUAAUUUGUAAAUAUUGUACAAAUUUUAAUAGCUUCAAUUGUAUAUACGGCCAAAAUAAAAACUUGCAUUAAAGUUGGUGCCAGGUUGUGCCAUGGUACCCCUCCCCCUGGGCA